GCGAAAACAUAAUACGCUUCAUCAGUUUCCAAACAAACGCAACUCGUAUCAAAUCGCUUCUAAACGCCACUUGUCGCGUCACAGUAGCAAAGAGAGAGAUGGUGACACUGAUCGUAGCCACCACCUCUGACCCAGCGUCGAUCAAUCCCGCGGCGGCUCUUCUCGCCAUGCCGGGAUGGACCCCCGGACCCACCUUGCCGCCGGACAUGAAGAGUUUCGUUAACCAGCAAACGAGAGUGAUCCAACACGACGGAUCUAUAGUGAAAGAAGACGAUCUGGACUCACGGUGGGAAGAAGCGACAGGGGAAGCUGUUGACGAAGUCAUCUUCCUCAGCCGUCACACCGCCGUCUCGAACCGUCCUGCUCUCACUGUUCACCCCAUUGGAGUGCUUCACCUGAAAGAAGGAGAAUCGCCGCCGCAAGGAGGAAAGCCGGGGUGGGCGGCGUUGCCAAGCCCUAGAAUUGGUCCGUGGCUUCGUCUUCUGAAGAAGAUGGCUGAAGCUCAUAGCUUAGUUCCUGAGUUUGAGAUAACAUUGGAAGGUACUCAUCAUGGACCAAUCACUAGUAAGCCAACCAUGUUUUUGGAGAUUGGUAGUACAGAGGAAUACUGGAAGAGACAAGACGCUGCUCAAGUCAUGGCUCUUUUAAUGUGGGAAGGACUUGGGCUUGGAGGUGGUGAAGCUGUGGGGAACUGGAACAGUGAAAAGGGAAAGAGGAAAGUGCUUCUAGGGAUUGGAGGUGGACAUUAUGCUCCUCGUCACAUGGAUGUAGUUUUGAAAGAUGAUGUUUGGGUAGGCCAUUUGCUUUCUGGAUACUCAUUGCCAAUGGAAGAACCUAAACCUGGAGAGAAUCACAUUGGUGGGACUUGGAGACAAUCAAUCCAAGCAGCAUUUGCAGCUACUAAAGCGUCAUUCCCUGGAGGCGAGAUCGUGGCUCAUCUUGAUCACAAGAGCUUCAAAGGAUGGCAAAAGAAAGCCAUAACAGAGUUCUUGGCAGAACAGAACAUCAAUGUCGGGAAGCCAAACGAUUUCACAUGAACCUUGAGAACCAUAAAGACAUGAUUUGAGUUUUUGUUUAUUUACCACUGAAAUACAUGAUACAUCUAUAAGUUUUCUUUAGAUUAUUUUCUUUAAGUUCAAAGCAAAUGUUUAAAGAUCUAUAAACAUGUUAUUCAACAUCCAGUGAUCUACACAACGUUUAAUCGAUUGGUCGUUUUCGCA